CGGAAACGUGGGGUGCGGCCGCGGCCGUGCGGCUGGGCCUGUAAUUCGCCGACCCUGCCCGCUGCUUUGCAGACGCAACGGGCGAGUUUGUGCUGUUCCACUGCUGACGCGGGCUGCAAAUGAAAUGUAGACGCAUUCGGGACUUGCUUUGAGCUUCUUGGAAAACGCACUGAUGUGCCCAGUGAAUUGAGUUUUAUUGUAUUUGGCCGACGCUGGAAGUCUCCAGAAAGUCGAAAUACUUAGAGGGGAGCAAUAGCGCGAGUGGGCAUUGCAAGAGUUUCUAGAAUUAAGACCGCAGUUUCAGGGAGAGCUCACUGGCUACAGUGAUCCACAGUCAACCCUUCCACUAGCCGUCUUUUCAGGAUGAUUUUCAGCCUCUAACUUUAAGAAGGCAAACAUGGCAUCAGCUGCCCAGCGUAAAAGGAUGAGUCCUAAGCCAGAGCUGACUGAGGAGCAGAAGCAGGAGAUCCGGGAGGCUUUCGAUCUCUUCGAUGCUGAUGGGACAGGAACCAUAGAUGUUAAGGAACUUAAGGUGGCAAUGAGGGCACUGGGCUUUGAACCCAAGAAAGAAGAAAUCAAGAAAAUGAUAAGUGAAAUUGAUAAGGAUGGGACAGGGAAAAUGAACUUUAGUGACUUUUUGACUGUCAUGACUCAGAAAAUGUCUGAGAAAGAUACCAAAGAAGAAAUCCUGAAGGCUUUCAAGCUCUUUGAUGAUGAUGAGACUGGGAAGAUAUCUUUCAGGAAUCUGAAGCGCGUGGCCAAGGAGCUGGGGGAGAACCUCACUGACGAGGAGCUGCAGGAGAUGAUCGACGAGGCGGACCGCGACGGAGACGGGGAAGUGAGCGAGCAGGAGUUCCUGCGCAUCAUGAAGAAGACCAGCCUGUACUAGGGCCGCUCUCGUCCCCCUGCGCGAGCCGCGCGCCUGCAUGUCGGGCCCGCCCUGUGUAAACCCGGCUUCGGGGAGCACACACUGUUCCCUCACCGACCGCGCUUCCUACCUAGCACCAACCUCCAUGUGUUCUAGGCUCGUGAAAGUGUUCGAUGGUGGAGGUCCUCUGCUGACCCCCUCGGCGCCCAGGUGGGGCGACCACAGAACGACUUCCCAGACAAGCACACGUCCCCGGGCGUCUCUCCCAUGGUUCCAAUUUUCCCUGACACCCGAGUGUGGCUUCCUUUUUCUAAAACCCCGUGAAUCGGUCUCCCUUGCACUUGGAUGUGCAUUUGUGUGACUUGUUUUGUCUUAAAAAUAAAGUCUUUCUUACUUUGAACAGGGUCUGCCACGCCCUCUUCCA